AUGACCCUCGAGAAGGAAUUUUCGCCCGCGGGGCCCUCCCCGGCGGCGCUUUUUCCUAUUCAACGCCUUCUCGCGGAAAAUAUCGCGAAGUUGGACGACCGCGCGGCGCGGGUGCGCGCCAAACUGGGCGAAACCCUGCGAAACUUCCAGCUCGAGGCCGAACGCGGCGAUCGCGCGCAGGGGGCGAUCCAAACCCUGCGAAAUCGCCUCUCGGAAUGCACAAAGGAGGAAAAUAAAUUUAAAAAUGCCCGCGAUCGCGCCGUGAAGGUCGUUCAGGAAAUCGACACGCGCCUUCAGAACGCCGAGGCGGGGCUCCGCACCGCGCGCGAGGCCGACGCCUCCCGGCGAACCGCCCGCGAGGCGGCGCUCAAAUCACAAAUUCCCCUCGAGCGGGAACUUCUUCAGCGCGAGAUGCAAACUUUUCGGCAUCUUUUGCGCGAUUUAACGACGCUUCGCGGGCUUCUUCGGGGCGGGGCCCUGCCGCGGCAAAAAGCGAUCCUCGAGGAGCUCGCGAAGAAGUGCGAAAUCGUCGAAAACGAACUUCCCGAGCUCCAGCGCGGCCUCGAGGAAUUAAAAGACGAGGAAAAUCGUGCGAAUGCGGGGGAAAGUCGGGCAGGCCUCGCCCUCCAUGCCCUGCGGGCAGCAAUGAAAGAUCAGGGCGAGGGUUUAAAAACUGCCGUCGGGGCGGAGGCCCAUCUUCGCGCGCGGUUUGAACUUUUUGAGGCCGAACUCGACGAAACCGCGCGGGGAUUUCUUUUAGAGCUGCAUUUAGUGCAAAACGCCGCGCGUGAGGAAGGCGAGGGGCUUCGCCGACGACGACGUCAGCGCGAUUUACUCCGCGCGCGGUACGCGGACGGGAUGGCCCGCAUGGCGAAGCGCCUCCAACAGCCCCUUCUCGAUUCCCCAAUCCCGCCCAACGACCUCCACCCCAACGUAAACGGGGGGAAAGCCGCGGAAAUGCGAAAUGGGGCCUUUCCCGCGCUCGAUUUAAACACAUCCCCGCCCGAGGCCCUCCACGCACGGGUGCUUUUAACCCGCUCCUACGAACGCGAACAUCUCCUUCAGCGCGGGAAUUAUCUCGACCAGCGGGUGUUGAACCUUGAAAAGGAAACCGAGGCCCUGCGCAGGCUGCUCGAGCUCACCAAAGGGGAAAUCAAAGGGUCGGGAAAGCGCCGGCAAAACCCACAGAAAAAUAAUGAAAAGAUGGGGGAACUAACAGCAAAUUCGUCAUCGCGUCUUUUUUCCGAGGAGAACCCCCACUCAACGCGUCGUUCGGCUUCUGAAAUGGAGCUCAAUGACUUGCAGGACGGCUUAAAUGCGUGUGGAAAGAUGCUCCGCGUGGAGAUUGAACGUCAUGAAGUGUUGUUGGAAUCGAUGAAAGAGCAGCAUGGCAGCCUUCGCGCUCGUGGGAAAGAACUCAAAAAGACAUUAGCGUCUGUGGAGAUUGAAAAAAAAAAAACGCACACAACUCCAGCGUCUAGAAGAUGA